GGCCGGAGGUUACCACAGGACAGAGGCGGAGAAGACCACAACAAGCGCCAUCCUGGAGACAGUCCCGGUGUACUUGUGUUCAGCGUAGCGGGCAGCAGGACCUCUCAGUAGACACACAGCGGCAAUUUUAAAGUGCCACGGAUUUUUACAUCUUGGUCGCCCCGUGGACUCGUUGAACUGGAGCGAACCAAACUGCGCAUGCCACCAACUGGCGACUGACUUUGGAGCGCUCCGUGAGCCACUUUGAGCCCCCAGGGGGGCAGCAUGGAUUGAACGACACACCGCCGCCACUGCCGGCCGGCUGCUACCUGACUCGGGCACAUUCAGAAGCUGAAUGACACCAAGCUUGAAGGUCCGCAGGGAUUUCGUGUUAGCUAGCGAUACGAAUUGAAAGCGCUGUUUUUGUUUGAUUUUAUUGUUUAAAUCGAAACCAGGUACGUUCCGACUCAUUAUAAGUCGCACACCACGUGUGUGGACGUUUUAAUGUAACGCUCAGCCCGUCUGUUUUUUUUUUUUUUUUUGGCGUGUGCUUCCAUGGACUCGAGUCCCCACCAUCACGCUUGUUCGUUUGUCUGUCACUUGUAACACCGUGAAUGUAAGAAAAGACAGUGAGAGAAGAAAACAAAACAAGGUAUUAACUGGUGGUGCAAACGGGGCUGCGUGUUGGGUGGAAAGGUCAAAAGGACCGGUCAGCCCCCCCGUCCCUUCCCCCUCUCCUUCGCCCAUCAGUCCUUUAUGAAGAUGUGAACUCUUGUCUCCCUCCCCCUCUCUGUUCGCCGCCCGUAAGCUUCUAUAUUGUUUUUUUUUUUUUUUUUUUUCCACUUUAAAUACCGUAAAACGGUUACAGGGAUGUAUGAAAGCGUGGAUGUUGUGGGUUUGAGCCCCAGCCCCCGCAGCCCCAAUAGUGGCUCUUUCCUGGGCAUGGACUACUACCACAGACCACCGGGUUUCGAGCCUGAGAAAGGACUCCUCGGCGGCGUCGGGGGGCUUCAGAGGCCGUUCGGAGGGUCCCUGGUGACCGGCAGGCACUGGAGCGGAUCUUGCCACUCAAUAGAAACAGAAAGCACGAGUUCUGGAGAAGAUUUGCUGGUCACAAGUCCCCCAUCUCCACCACCUCCACCGCGUAUCUACAAGCCUUGCUUUGUAUGUCAGGAUAAAUCUUCAGGAUACCACUAUGGAGUCAGUGCAUGUGAGGGCUGCAAGGGGUUCUUUCGAAGGAGCAUCCAGAAGAACAUGGCAUACACCUGUCAUCGAGACAAAGUUUGUGUCAUUAACAAAGUGACACGCAACCGGUGUCAGUCCUGUCGACUGCAGAAAUGCCUCGAUGUUGGAAUGUCCAAGGAGUUGGUCCGAAAUGACCGAACAAAAAAGAAGAAGGAGGAGAAGAAGCAUGCGGAGGUGGAGGUCUACGUCUUGUCGGCAGAAACAGAGCAGAUGAUCGAGCAAGUUCGCCGUGCACACCAAGACACAUUUCCCUCUCUUGGUCAGCUGGGAAAGUACACUACGAGCAACAGCGCUGAGUAUCGUGUGCCCCUUGAUGUCAACCUUUGGGAUAAGUUUAGUGAACUGUCCACCAAAUGCAUUAUAAAGACGGUGGAAUUCGCUAAGCAGCUGCCCGGCUUCACAACAUUAACCAUUGCGGAUCAGAUCACCCUUCUCAAAGCUGCCUGCCUUGACAUAUUGAUUUUGAGGAUCUGCACACGCUACACCCCAGACCAGGACACCAUGACCUUCUCAGAUGGUCUGACUCUCAACCGCACACAGAUGCACAACGCCGGGUUUGGGCCGCUCACAGACCUCGUGUUCUCCUUCGCUAACCAGUUGCUCCCACUGGAGAUGGAUGAUGCAGAAACUGGAUUACUUAGUGCCAUCUGCCUACUCUGUGGAGACCGUCAGGAUCUGGAGGAGUCAGACAAAGUGGAUGUUCUUCAGGAGCCAAUGCUAGAAGCUCUGAAGCUCUAUGUCCGAAGGAGGAGGCCUGAAAAACCUUGUAUGUUCCCCAAGAUCCUAAUGAAGAUUACUGACCUCAGGAGCAUCAGCGUGAAGGGAGCAGAACGAGUAAUCACGCUGAAAAUGGAGAUACCCGGCGCCAUGCCUCCACUCAUCCAGGAAAUGCUGGAGAACUCUGAGGGACUCGAGGGCCAAGGUGCCGGAGGAGGGAAGGCACGAGACAAAGGUGGCAGAGAACACGAGGAAACAAAGCGGCAAAAUUCUACUAGUCUGUCUCCGAUGUCCAUUUCUUCUGCCAGCCAGAGCCCCCCAGCCAGAUCCCCCUCCCAGUGAAUUUCCACUCCUCUUACCUCUGCCUUGCGCAGCACCAUCAUUUGGAAGUACGUGGCACUAUCAGAGCACCAUCCAUGCGACAAGAUUGAUGUGGAGCAACUGUCAUCGACGGAGUCUGAAUGUCCCAACCCAUAAACUUCAAUGGUGACGCGGAUGUGCACGGUGUUAAUUAAAUUGUGCUGAAUUAUGAGCUGCAGAUUGGAUAUGUAACACUUUUUUUUUGCCUGCCUAAAUUAUGCUGUUGGAACUACAGUAUUGUCACAUUGUCAGGACAAAAUCUUUGAUGCAUUUAAUGUAAAAUAUGAUUUCCCUCUAAAGCUAAAUCUUUUUAUAAAGAUCAUAUAGAUUAUUUUGUUUUUCUUUUUGGACAAAAGAGUCCUGCUGUUUGGCUGCACCUGUCUGACUUCUCAGUAACAGGACAUUGUCAGAUGUGGACAGAUUUGAUGAAGGAUUAUGGGGGUAGUCUAUAUAUAGAUCAUAACCCUCUUAUGCAUUUUUCUCUCGUAAAAAGCCAUGUUAUGCAAAAUCAGUGUAUUUUAUGUAAAAGAUGCUGUGACAGACUGACGGAUAUUUUCUUAAGUGUACGUGUAUAUAUACAUUAUAUAUUUUGUCUCCCCAAAGCGGCUGUCAAAUUCUUCCUUCAGUAAAUCCCUACUUCCAUCGCCCCCUAACAAAACACGGGGGGAGGGGGGGGGUUGUCUUCCCUGAAUCAAUUUUACAGCUUGAUUAAAAGUAUUGCAGCUGAAAUCUAUCACUUUGUAGCAUCUGUGACAAAAUACAUCUGGAGGCGCUUUUAAAAUGCGGCAAACAACUCAUGAAUUAAAAGUCAGUCAACCUGUAGGUGAGCACUUUAAUCGAACCAGACUGUGAUAUCAUGAGUGCAUGUCUACCAUAUCUGAGUAUGUAUGUACUUGUACCACUGUGUACCACUCUGUACCAGUUCACACUGCCACUGUCUCACUUUGUAUACAUUGCUACUGCCAGGUACAAAUCUUUUUUUUGUUUGUUUUUUGUUUUGAUUUUUUUACAAUUCCAGUGUUUUCUUUAAUAAAGGGGACCUAUUAUUUGUGUUUACAGCUCUGGAGUACUAUUGCAUGAUCAACUUUUUGGAAGCUUUUAAAAACAAUUAUUAUGGUGAGAUGAUGAUUUUAGCUUUCCACCCCACAUAUGUGCGUGUCAGGAAAUGCCUGAUUAAAUUCACCUUGAUGUGAAAUUGGGAGGAAGAAAAAUGCUAACUUUUUUUUUUCUUUGUCUGGGGGUGUUUACUUUGACUUUACUGUCAUGGUAAAGUUAUACAGCCUAACCAAGAUAAUUGUAAUAUUUGGUUUCUUUUAUUGUACGCUAUUGUUACACUCAAAGGAGAGAAGAUAAACACGAGUGAAUUAAUAAAAUACAUGAUUUUCUACUUAAUCCUAUAAUGUGUGUACUGUAUAUGUGUGCACGCUCUUUUGUGGUCACUGUUAAAUGCUACAUUCUGCUUAUGUUACCUUACACCAUUUUGAUAUACCAGAGUGAUUUACAAGAUAUACACAUCUCUAAUCUGCCAUCCCACGUGAUUUGUGUAUGCAUUUACAGUUGCUUG